AUGUCAUCUAAGAGUAAAUUUGAAUGUUGCCAUCGGCUCCCAAGUUCAACAGAAGUAAUAUUGUGUCGUUCAUGCAAAAAGCGAUAUCAUUACAACUGUGUUUCGACAUCCAAAACAUCCUAUGCCGAGCUUACCGAGAACUAUAAGAGUACAUGGCUUUGUCCUAUCUGUGCCAGACCAAAGAGCGACAACACAAAUACACCUAUUAGAGGCUCACUAUCUAACUCAGCUUUGGAGGAAUAUGCUGAUCAAAGUUGCAACGUUACUCGCCGUAUAAAAGACAGCGAACGAAAGAUUAUGGGACCUACUACAGCUGAAAUAGAUCUUGAUGACGUUCGGUCUAUUGUUAGAGAAGAGAUGAAAUCGUUGCUAGACGUGUUUAAGAAAAGUAUAUUGGAUGAAUUUACCUCAAAAACUAAUGAAGUUCUGGCUUCAAUCAACUUCCUUGAAGACCAAUAUGAAACCAUUAAAAAAGAACUUUCAGCCAAAAACGACGAGAUAAAAUUGUUACAGGCUAAUAAUAAUAAUUUAAAGACCACAGCACGGCAGGCGACUGGAGUACAAACAUUCGUGCUCAUCACACAAAUGAAUGCCCUAACGGGACUCGAACCCGCGACCACUGACACAGCCAGUAGGGUCACUACAAAC